AUGCACGCCUUCGUCCUCGUCGCCUGCCUUGCUGCCGUGUCCUCGGCGGCUACCGUCCCCACAACUUCAGGCGGCGGCAACGUGGCGCGUCGCAGUGGUGGCGGCCUCGAAUCUCUGCACCAGGCAACUCGGCGUGAAGGCGACAAGGAUCUCGUGCCGGCGAACUGGCCUAUGUCUCACUGCGGCUGCGACAACAAGCUGGCCGAGAAGGACACCAACGACGCAGUGGCUGCUCUUGUGGCGCAGAUUCCUGACGGCGGUCUCCCCUUUGCCGGCACGUCCAUCCACAGCAUCAGUGGCGGCACCGUCGCAUUCCUGUGUCGAUGGGAGGAGAAGAACCAUGAGCUCGUGCACAAGGGGGACGUGACGGAGGCGCUCAAGGUUGUCACCGACCGAUGUGGCUUAUACAAGGCCGGCUCGCUUUCUGGCCAUAUCGCAGGCAAGAAGCCCGACGACGGCUUCGGCUUUUGGGUCGGAUAUAUGCAGUGGACGGACGGCCUUGACUUUUGCAAGGAUGCCGCUGCCUCGCCUGCGACCGACUGCCCCAAGUCCAAGUAG